AGCAUCAAGCUUUUUGUUAAAAAUAUGGAAAGUGGCUUAAAAAAAAUUAUGAUAAUAACACACAUAAAAAUCAUCAGAAUGAAGUUAGUAUUAAAAAUAUUCAGGUAAAAAGUAAAUUAUUUGCAUUGUUACCAUGGAAACCACGCGCUUUUAAAUCAUAUGAUUUCUGCAUAAGUCAGAUAUGAGAUAUUUUGUACAUUCAUAUAUAAUUUUUGUUUAAUGAUAUCAAAACUCUUUAGAUAACUUUUAAAGUUAAAAUACACAGUGUUGUAAUAUAAUUACCAAAAUAAAUGUAUAAUUACCUCAUCCUUUGAUAUAUAUACCCGUUUUUUGUGUAAUUAUUACGAAUAAAUAUCCUUAAGUUUAAUGCUAUUUUAUGAAAUUCUACAACCAUGACAAGAUUUACUACUAUAAAGUAUUUCAAGUCUAGCAUGUGUUCUAUAAGAAUCAAGGAAAAAAUCCAUAGGCAAGUAUUACGUUUGUAAUUAAAAACCAAUUUAAUAUCCAUCUCAUUCUACCAAAUCCACUCUCUAAUUACCUCCCUUUGAUAUGACUCUUUAGUGCAAGGAGGUGAAAACUGUAUUUUGUUUACACUGUGUACAAAGAUGACAGCGAAGACAGAGCAGACGUUUGCAGUAUUUUAGCUCCUGUGCUAUAUAACUUGUUAAGUUGUUUAUUUAUCAUGGUGAGUAACAAUUUUUAUUGAUUUUAAUUGAUCUGCUAGAAAACAGUGUAUCAGAAAUAAAAGGAAAUAUUACAACAAUCAUCUGUUUAUAUAUUUGCAUGCAUUUUAAACAUCGAUAGUACAAAUCAAUUUAUUGUUAUAACAAUGAGUAAAUAUUAUGUAUGAUCUAUUUUGAGAAGAAGAAUGAAUCAGUAUUUUAAUUAUUUAUGCUGAUGAUAAUUUUAAUACCAAGGACCUGUGCAUGCAUGCAUACAAAUUGCACUCUGGAUAUACUGAUAAAUAGUACUCAGUUAAAUAUUCCUUUAAAAAGUCAAGAAUUUCAUUAUUUUUAAUGAAAUAAAAACUUAUAUAUUAAUUUGCAGCAUAGUUGAUCUAAUUAGGGGAGGGUAGGGUGUACUAUUGCUGUAUAAUUAUUCUUAAUAUACUUUAUUACAUGUAGCUAAAAAUUGCAGCUUAUAUUAUAAACAAAGUACAAAGUUGUUCAUAUUUUGAAAACUGUUGUAUGUAAAUAAAAUAUAUUUUGAAAUUCAAUUAACCAAAAAGGUAUUUCUGAAUCUUAAUGUGUUGUUUUAACUUUUAAACAGAAGUAUGAGUCUCUGCUCAUUUUCUUCACUGGAUGAAAUCAAAUGUGGAUGCAAUGGAAACAUCUCACCAAAUACCAAUAUUGUAUUUAGCUUGUGUGACUCAGACAUAACAUCACAUCUACAAGCAAACCAUAUUCCUUGCUCCACCAUAAAAACAGAAUGUGACCUUAUCAAGGCAAGAGCAGGAUAUUAUGAAGAGAAUACCAAUAUCAAUAAUUAUGUAAUAUGCCCAAAUCAUCACUUUCUUUUGGGAAAAGGAUGGAGGAGAAGCAGACUUUGCAUGGCCGGUGCACCUCUUCCAAAUUGCUCCAAAAAACACAAGGCUUCUACAUACAACUCUAUUUCACUGCUGCAAAGUUAUGAAAUAUGGAAACAAUAUAAGAUAGUACUUCCAGUUGGAGCAGGAUUUUGUCGUCAGUGUAGAGGUGAUUUGAAUGUACAUCUGACAGAGAAAGUGCAGCCAGAUACAAUAGAAACUUCUUCUUCAGUUGAGAUCUCUGAGUUCACAUUAUCACAGACCAGUGACGCUGGAAGUAUUUGGUUACCAUCAGGAAGUCAGGAAUCAGAUUCGUGCAAUUUAAAAAGAAAGGCAUUGGACAAUUUUCUUUCCAUAUGUGGGGCUAGUCCUGUAAAGAAGACCUUAUCAUCUGAUUGGAAUGCUUGUUCAGAAAGAACUAAAAGAGACUACAUUCUGAAAACCAAAAAAUUCUUAGCUGAAGUUUUGAGUGUGUUGGCACCUGGACAACAAGAGCAUGUUCUCGAGGCUGUCAUAAAGAAUGAUGACAACUUUGAACCACAGUUUUUAGAGGAUGUUGCAGCAAGUUAUAUGUCAAGUGUUGACUGGGGCACACAAAGACAAAUCCUUUCUAUAGUAGCCAACAAAGUUUCAUACUGCAAGAUGAAGAAUCUGAUUCCUAAUUUAUCACAUUAUAAGUUUGGUGCUGCAAGAAAACAUGCAUCAAGUGUUGGACAAGGACAGCAGGUACCUAAUGAAGGAAGAACACGUGAGGGAAUAACAAAUGCCCAGAUUAGUCAUUUCUUAGACUUCAUUACCAGCCCAGCAAUAAUGACAGAUUUGCCCUAUGGGGAAUCCAACCUGAAACUAUCAACUGGAGAUGUUAUCACUGUGCCAAAAAUCAUCCUAAACAGUAUUAGAUCUCAUGUUAUUGAUCAGUAUUUCAGUUACUGUGAUGAAACCCUUUUCCAAGAUAAAGCCAGUUAUAGUUCAUACAUGCGUAUUCUUCAUUCUGUGGGACCAACUGUUCGCAGAUCUAUGAAAGGACUGGACAACUAUGCAGCAGAUGGCUCCAAAGCAAUUGAGACAUUGCAGAAAGCUGCGGAAUUGUUUUGUAGAUUGGGGAAAGGAAAAUGUUGGCUAGAUAACAUUUGCAGAGUUCUCUCAACUUCAAAGCAGUACCUUUAAUUAGAGUACAAGAUGCAUGUUAUGAAAGACUCUGAAGUGGCAGACCACUGUUGCAGGUAUGCUCUGUCAGAUGGAUCAGAGGAUUAUUCUUCCACAUGCAACCAUUUCCACUCAAAUUCCUGCAGGCAGUGUGCAGAACUUCAUGGAGUUUUAAUAAGUCUUGUAGAAACAUCAGAGCAAAUCGAAUAUGAAAAUGAAAACCAAAAGGAUGAUACCAAGUACAUAGUG